GCAAAAAGAAGAAGAUGGCGUCAUUUUCGUAUUCGUGAAAGAAGGAAAUUUGUUUUUCUUUUUAGUUUCAGUCUUUUUUCAACGAAUAAAUCAAAAUAUCUCUGUACAUAAUGUCAAACCAAAUCAUUAAGCCACACAGUGGUCCUCCGUCUAGCUCGAAUUCAUCCACAAAGGAACGAAAUCAAAACCAAAAUCAAAACCAAAAUAGCCAAAUGCACGAAGUCCACAGUUUUACGCCGGUUAAACUUAAUGAUACUUUCCAUAGAGUGAUGUCUUCAAUGGAAAAGGGCAAUACUAUUAUGCAAGGUUGUAAAAAUGUCGUGUCCAACUUAAAUGAAAAAGUUGCGCUAGAGCCAAAACAAUUCCUUGGUGAUCGAAAAGAUAAGGUAAAAGUAGAACUGAAAUGUGCCUUUUUGCAGAUCCUGAACAUCGACACAGUUGGUCAGUGUUUUGAGGCUGAAGUUUUUGUUCAAGCGAAAUGGCAAGAACCAGCCUUACAAAAGGCAGCAGACCUAAAUGAUAAAAGCAUGUACGAUCCUGCAGAACACUGGAUACCACGAAUGACUAUUUUAAAUGCAAAUGGAGCUUUAGCAUUCACUAGACGAAAUUUUUCAGUACAGUUUAAUCAAAAGGGUUACAAAUAUCCGGUUGUGAGGUUACUUUGGAGAUUUAAAGGCACAUUUCGAGAAAAUUUGGAGUUGGAACAUUUCCCUUUUGACGUUCAGGAUUUAACAAUUCAGUUAUCAACAGAAAGAUCGGCCGAUGAAGUUGUUUUUAUCGAUGACCAGGAGGUUCUCUCUACUGUAAAUACCCGAACCUUUCAGAAUUCUGGAGAAUGGAUCAUAUAUGAACAUGUUGAAACAUUCAGAGAUUCAACAACAAGGGAAUAUGUUAGUUCGACCAUCCAUCCUAUUUUAUUCGCCCAAUGCCGAGUCAAGAGAAGAAUUGGGUUUUAUAUGUGGAAUGUUGUUUUCCUCAUGGCAAUGGUUUCAAUUGCAACAUUUUGUACGGCAACAGAAGAACCAGAUGCGAUAGAUAGAAUGUAUAAUAAUGUCACAUUGUUAAUGACUGCCUUCGUUUUAAGAAUGUCUGUUCAACCGACUUUACCUGCCAUAUCGUAUCUUACUUAUUUGGAUGUCUAUGUGUUAGUGUCCUUGGUGUUUCUGUGCCUACAGAUUGCUGAAAAUUCCUUGAUGGCCUGUCUCAGCAACCACAUUACUAAACAAGAGCUUUAUGAUUGGGAUAACUUCUGCAUUUCAAUUAUUGCUGCAAUUUAUGUCCUCUUCCAUAUGACGUUCCUCAUAUAUAUCUACCUUACGCUUCUCUUAGCGAAGGAUUAA